AUGUUAUUGAAUGGGCGAGCGCUUCUGGCGCUUGUACAUGAUAAAGAUUAUGAACGGAAGAUUUGUGGGCAGUUGGAUAUGCUUCAGGUAAGGUUUCUUUGUUGUUGUCGGGUUUUAGCAAUUGAAAAAUCAUUCAGGAACCUAUAGAGAAGAGUUUUGGAAAAAAAUCGAUGAGUAAAAGUAGUUUUUCAACGGAUGGAAGCAUCUGAAGUUUAUUCUCAAGGUUUUCUGAAGGGACACUUUUUGUUUUUGUAAAUUCUAAGUGAUAUGUUUUAUUGGAGCUGUAAUAAUACAUUUAGGAUGAACAUUGGAGGACGUUAUACGCUGUGAUGGUAGCAAAUUUAUUGUAUUUAUUUGAAAGUGCUGAUAAUUUAACAGCAGCGCCUAUGGUAAUGUUGAUAGUAGAAGAUUGUUUGGUGGAAAUGGCUGAUGACAAUCAAACUGGAAAGUCAUACUCAUUCUUGUUAAGGUCUAAGACGUACGUCCUUUUUAAUUUAUCGUUCGCUUUUUAGAUUUUUGUUGAAUUUCGUAGACUAUUGUUUAAAAAGAUGGUGAAGAUAAGACUUUGUUGAAUAUUAGUAAUCUUUACGGCUUCUUAUAAGCAUGUGAAACCUUAUUACUGAAUAAGAGUAUUAUAAUUAUUUUUCCAUUAAUUUUUUAUACUUAAAACCCCGAUAUUUCCAGGACAAAACGAGUAUUCACCUUUGCAGCACCAGAUUUUGCGAGUUUAGAGCGAUGGAUUCAUUUCAUGACCGUUUCAUCAGUCGAUUACAUGCGAGCGACGAUGCAAACCAUGUAUGCAGCUUUGUCAAAUAAGAAUUCACCUCAAGAACUUCAAAAAAUUGCCGAGGACGAACUGGCGGCCGAAGCAAAAAUCAACGAAACUUCAGGGUAA